CUUAGUACCUAUUAAAACUACAUUAUUUUCUAAAAUGAAAUUCUUAUAUUUCCUUGUGUUUUUGGUAUUGUCCGUUCAAUACAUAUUCGGCGCUACAGAUCCUGACUGCUUGGAGCCAAUAAAAACUGGUAGAUGCAGAGGAUACUUCAUACGAUACGCCUACAAUACAACCAGCGGAAGGUGCCAAUCGUUCGUGUACGGUGGAUGUCAAGCAAAUAAUAACAAUUUUCAAACAUUCAGACAAUGCGAAGAGAAAUGUAUAAAUCCUUAAACUACCAUCAUCAUCAGACCUCUACUGCUGAUCAAAGGCACCACUUGGAUCUUUUGGCUCCUUGCGAUUCAGACGAUGUUGUUCGUCCACCUACCGGUAGGCCUGUCUACGCCGUCUUCUGAUCCGAACUCGAGCACUUUCCUGAGUGCCAAGCAUGAAGAACUAUAGCAUUCGUAACGUAAUAACAUCGAGCGCUCUGAUUGGUUGGUUCACUGAAGCCGGCCAAUCAGAGCGCCGAACGUUACGUUACGAAUGCGAUGAUUAUUAGCCACUCUAGCCCAUUAGCCAUCAGUCCUUCGAACAGUGGUGCUAGCUUGGGUAUUAUGUAAAAUGAUUAUUCAAACAUACAAAUUGAGCUCCAUGACGUUCUCCCAUGUUAUUAGUCUUGAGAAUAAUCUCGACCAAUGACGUGCGAGAAUGCGAUCGAGCUCACUUCGAGAGUUCAAAUUGGCAUCUAACAGAAUUGUUUGGCUGCCCAUUGUCACAUCAUAUUGCACAUUUAAAUUGUUUCAAAUUAAUCACUUAUUGUUAUUCACUUUCAUAGUUAUUUAAGUCAAGGAUACACUAGGAGACAAAAUGCGUUGCGACACAAGUCGCCAGCGACGUUGGAUGGAGUAGUGCGAUGUUGCCGGACUAUGUAGACAUGCCUAGCAACAUCAACGUCGCAGUGGAAAUGAGUCGCGCGUUGUCGCCAUAUAUGUCAGGCGACUUCGGCCGGCUUCGCUUGACAAGUCGCCGAUACAAUUGUCGUUCGAUAUUUGUCCUAUAAUAUAUUCUUGGCUUUAAAAUACAAUAAUAUAAUAAACAUGUUUAU